AUGGCUGAAUUUAAUGUUUCAUACAGGAAGGCUAUGGCAAUGUAUGUACCGCCCGAAACACCUACUUAUGUGCCAACUCAAUCGCCAAUGCCCCGUUUAGGUAAUUUAAAUAAGAUGCCUCAAUUGCCGGAACCUAUCCCAGGAACCACAAAUAAGUUUUUUAGCAAUAUUUUGCCGGUUCAGGAGAAUUCUACACCAGUUACUUACGCACAGGCCGUGUCAUCGAGCCCCAUUAACAAGAACAAACUGGACAGUCGGGGAGAAAAACCUGUUCGAAAUGACACAACUAAGAAGAUUAAGAAGAGAAUUCAAGAACCUAAUUUAGAAGAGUAUAUACAUGACGGCAAUAUGUCGACAGAGUCUGAAAGUAGUGUAAUAGAAGAAGAGUGCGCUCAUUUCGAAAUUUCAAGUAAUCCACAAGAAGCCUAUGAUGAUUUUAUCACUUUGUUGUUCAAAGCCGCAGAAGCAAGUAUUCCAUUUAUUAAAAUAUGCCUAAAUCGCAAGGCUAAUUUUAUUCCUAAGCCAUAUUGGAAUCCUGAUCUAUCUCACGCUGUUGCAGAGAGACGGCUAGCACUUAAAACAUUUAGACAGAAUCCCACACCGGCUAAUUUAAAUAGAUUGCAGGAAAAAACUCGCAAGGCUCAAAAACUAAUUAGAAACGCUAAAAGUAAAGGAUGGUGGGAAUUUUGUACGUCCUUGAAUGAAAUAUCUUCAGCUUCUGAAAUGUGGAGAAAAAUGCAGUGGUUAAAAGGUUAUAGAUCAGCUAAACCACAAAUUGAAAAAAGUAUUGCUGAGUCAUUAUUGUGCAACUUAACCCCUGACUAUAUUCAAGGAGUGCGCUUCAACAUCUUGCUCGGUGUACUUCGGUUUUUCGAGGCUUACCAGUAG